UUCAAGAAAGCCUCUGCUCUCUGCUUCUGCAACAAACAAUGUCACACCUUCUUCUCUUCUUCAUCCUCAUAAUCCCUUUCCAUCUUCAACUAAAUUCACAACAAUUCUCUUCUGAACAAACUAUUCUAUUAAGCUUGAAACAACAAUGGGGAAAUCCCAAGUCACUUGCAAAAUGGAACUCGAACUCCUCCGCAUGCGAUUGGCCAGGAAUCGAAUGCGUUAUCGACAAAAAAAUCACCGACCUGCAUUUAUCAAAAAAGGGUAUAAGUGGAACAAUCCCACCGUCAAUAUGCGAUCUCAAAAACCUCUUUUCGAUCGAACUGUCCGAUAAUAAAUUAUCGGGACAAAUACCCGUCUGUCUAUUUAACUCCUCGAAUCUGAAAACACUCGACUUGUCGUCGAAUGCCUUGUCCGGACCAAUCCCGGGUGAGUUCUUUCUUACGAGAAGCAGUUUAGAGUCACUUCAACUCUCUCGCAAUCGUUUAAGCGGAUCGAUCCCUGACGGUAUAAGGAAUCUAUACAUUCUUCGCUCUUUGGAUCUAUCCAGGAAUUCAUUCAGUGGUGCAAUCCCCAUGGGAUUAUUCCAUAUGCAUCAGUUGGGUACUCUGUUACUAGGUUAUAACAACUUGUCCGGUCAACUACCACAGGAGUUGGAUUUCUUCAAUUUAAAUGUGCUAGAUCUGACUCACAACCGUUUGAAUGGUACGAUACCGAAAAGUUUUGGUGAUAUACCUGGGCUAGAUACCUUGGAUUUGUCUCAUAACCAGCUAUCUGGUGAUAUAACAGAGAAUCUACUCCGUUUGAGGUCGAUGCGUGUACUUCGUCUUUGCUCGAAUAAAUUCUCGGGGAAGAUUUCGUACGAGUUUUUGAAAUACGACUUUCAUGAUAAUUGUUUGGAUUCUUCCAAUCUAUGUUCUGACAACGGGACCAAGGGUCUACCGCUUUGCCCUUCUAGCUCGUGUGCUGAAUAUAGAAUUCAAGAAUUUCUUAACUGUAAUUCCGAUAAGGACAAAUCAAACAGGCACCUUUUCAUAAUUAUAGGGGAAACAGUUGGUUGUGGGGUUGUAGGGUUUGUAGGAUUUGCACUACUUAUCUACCUGGCAAGAAAAUGCUGGCUUAACAAGCAUGAGACGAUUGCAGAAAGAUUCAAGAAAAUUUGUCGAUCUGGUACUUCUUCAAAAGACCGAAAUGAGUGGAAGAUGGUUUCAUUUCAAAAGUUGAAGUUCGAUAAAAACGAGAUCUUGCAAAGUUUGACAGAAGAAAAUCUAAUUGGAAACGGGGGUUCAGGAAAGGUGUACCGAGUUUUCAUACCCCGAACAGGCAGUUCUGUAGCUGUCAAAAGUAUAUCGAGUGCCAGAAAAUCCAACAGCAGGCUCGAGAAGGAAUUCCUGGCAGAGAUUCAGACACUCGGGAAUAUUCGCCAUUACAAUAUAGUAAAGCUUCUGUGCUAUAUCUCAGGCAAAGAUUUAAAGCUUCUUGUGUACCAAUAUUUCAAGAAAAUGAGCCUUGAUCAGUGGCUGCACCGUAACAGGCGGGUGAUAGUAUCAACGGUCGGUAACAAUUCAGCCACAAAUUUGGGUUGGCCAAUGAGAAUGCACAUUGCAAUUGGAGCAGCACAGGGGCUUUGCUAUAUGCACCAUGACUGCUCUCCACCUAUCAUUCACCGAGACAUCAAAUCCAGCAAUAUACUAUUGGAUUCGGAAUUCAAUGCAAAAAUAGCAGAUUUCGGACUAGCGAAAUUGCUUACCAGCAAGAACGGUGAUACAGAAAUAGCAUCCGCUGUAGCUGGAACCUUUGGUUACAUUGCACCCGAGUAUGCCUACUCAACGAAAGUGAAUACGAAGUGCGAUGUUUACAGCUUUGGAGUGGUUCUACUUGAAUUGGCUACUGGAAGAGAAGCUGUUACUCGAGGAGAUCCAAUGAACCUAGCAGGGCGGGCCCACCUACACUACAGCGAUCCAAGUGCCAUUAUUGAUGCAUUGGAUGCUGACAUCAGAGAACCAAUUUACUUGGAUCAAAUUAUCGCCGUUUUCCGACUAGGAGUUAUCUGUACUUCCACAUCGCCUUCUAAUAGGCCAUCUAUGAAGGAUUGUUUGCAAAUUCUUCAGAAUUGCAGUAACAAUCUUUAUUCGUCUAGUCCAACUAAUUUAUCCUGAGAAUUUGUUGUAUAUCAUCAAAAUAAUAUGUUUAAUAUAGACACAAUUUUCUAUAGAACUUCCAUUGCCAUGUCCUCA